CAUCGACGUUCUGCUGAGGCCAUGUUUGCGACCAGGUAGCCACCGCACUCACCGCAGACACAUCCCGACCAGCAGACGGCCCUGCAGCACCCAUCGAUUGUGCAUUGCAUUUUGUUUGUGUCGUGUGCCUGCCUGUGCCUGUCUGUUGGCUGUGUGUGCAGGAGUGAGUAUGACCGCGGCGUCAACACCUUCUCGCCAGAGGGCCGCCUUUUCCAAGUCGAAUAUGCCAUCGAAGCCGUCAAGGUCACAGAUCACAGACUCACGCCGUGCCCGUGAUAUUCUCUCUUGUGUGUUGGUUACGCAGCUUGGUUCGACUGCCGUGGGGAUCCAGACGAGCGAGGGCGUGAUAUUGGCUGUGGAGCGGCGGCUGGCGUCACCUCUGGUGGUGCCGAGUUCGAUUGAGAAGAUCUACGAGCUCGACUACCACAUCGGAUGCGCCAUGAGUGGACUCAUCGCUGACGCACGGUGUGUGGGUGUUUCCAUGAUCCCCCCACACAUAAACACAGCAAUGCCAUCCAUCCAUCCAUCCCGGGGUCGUUCGGUGUUUUGUGUGUGUUGUGUGUCCACCAGGACUCUGGCCGACCACGCCCGCACAGAGUGCGCCAAUCAUUUCUUCACCUUCAACGAGCGCAUGUCCACCGAAUCCUGUGUCCACGCCAUCUCUGACCUCGCACUCGACUUCUCAGGCACAGAACAUCAAUCACAUGACGACGGCCGGCACCCAGACAGACAGACAGACAGACACAUCGUUUAUGUGUGUGUGGGGGUGACAGAUGUGGCUGACCGGCGCGACCGCAAGAAGCUGAUGAGCCGUCCCUUUGGCGUGUCGCUGCUGGUGGCGGGAGUCGACGAUGACGGCCCGUCACUGUGGAAGACCGACCCCACCGGCACCUACUCCAAAUGCACCGCAGCUGCCAUCGGUCGGUGCACUCUUACAUUACACCCUCUGCACACACAGGUUUUCACACGAACGGGUGACUAGUGAGUCUGUGUCGCGUGCCGAUGGGUGUGUUGGCAGGUUCGGCGUCAGAGUCGGCGCAGGGCACCCUGCAGGAGCAGUACAACAAGAGCAUGACACUCAAAGGUCGCAGUGAAAUGUCACUCAUCCGCAGGCUCUUCGUGUGCACCCUGUUGCUGUGUUGUGUCGUGUCGUGUGGUGCUUUGAUUGGCAGAGGCUGAGGAUUUGGCGGUGACGAUUUUGAAGCAGGUCAUGGAGGAGAAGCUCACCAAGAGCAACGCGGAAAUCGCAAGCGUCAGCAUGGACACCAAAAGGUACGCGACACCUGACAUACACACACACACACACACACACACAAAUACGGGUGUGUGUGCGCGUGUGCCUGUUGGUGCCGUCCCUACAGGUACCACCUGUACACGCCCGACGAGCUGCAGACGAUCAUCGACCGGGUCUUCCCACAGGGCAUCUCAACCGAGCCAGGUACCUACCUGUAGACCGACCAAACCAACCAAUGCAAUGCAUUCAUCCUGUCCUGUGCAUGGCGUGGCAUGUGGCCGAUGGGGUGGUGUCUCCGUGUCGUCUCAGGCACAUGACGACUGACUGACUUAUCGAUUGUAUGACUGAGUUCGUUGCAAACAGCUGGUCUGGUGAAUGUGUGUACCUCUGGGCAUUGAUUGCAUGUGUGCGGCGGAAAUGUGAUUUUGACGACGGUGAGAUCGGCCUGCUGCCCCCUGGCCUCAGUGGGCAGAGCACACCUAUCUCGUCGUGGGCAGAAUCACCUCCGUGGCGCGUGUGCUACGUGCGUAUCCAGAGGGGCGAGAAGAGAACCAACAAGGAAGGAAACCUCAGCUCGGUCAGACUUGUUUGAGGUGAAGAGAAGGCGACCAACUGCGUGGAUGCAUGGAUGGACGCGAGGUGCAUGCUAUGCUCAUCUGUAUCUUUAUCGCAUCUUCCGUUGCACGUGUUCAAUUAUUUAAAGUCG